GAUUUUUUCUGCGAGCUAUGAAUCUUUUUUGUAAGAAUAUUCCCUAACAGCGUCGACUUGGCCGAAACACGGAAAGCUGGGACAGUUUCAGCCAAGCGUUUGAUGUGUUUUUUUCCGUCAUUUGUGUCUGCGUUUGCGUUUUUUUUUUUUUUUUUUGGAAAAGUUGGGGCCAGGACGACAACAUAGAUUCCAGUGUGGAGUAGAUAUGCGCUUUGUUACAUUCACAAGUAUGCCAGCAAGAAACUACAGGAAAACUUUGUCUUCCACUGCAGAUUUCGACAGCUAACACACUUUGGAAGAAAUUAAAAGCAGUCGACUUUGAAACUUUAGAAUGACCCGGGAUAACUUUUACUGACUUGUCGUCGAGAUUUCCAGAUUUCCUGCUGCGUGAAAGAAAGGAGAAAAAAAAGUUUGGGAUUGGCUCAAACUUCUUUUUUGUGAGUUUCUGACCGCCACAUUCUUGGACAUACACAUACACACACACACACACACACACACAUACAAUGGAUCCGAGCCAGCAUAACCCUCCUGCGGGACACCAGAUCGUCCAUGUACGGGGCGACUCUGAGACCGACCUGGAGGCACUUUUUAACGCCGUGAUGAACCCGAAAAACACCAUCGUGCCCCCUUCCGUGCCCAUGAGGAUGAGGAAGCUGCCAGACUCCUUCUUCAAACCUCCUGAACCAAAGUCCCAUUCCAGACAAGCAAGCACAGACGCUGGGACAGCCGGAGCACUCACCCCCCACCAUGUUCGUGCACACUCGUCCCCUGCCUCCCUGCAGUUGGGAGCUGUUUCUGGUGGCUCCCUGUCUGGCAUGCCCCCAGCAGGUGCCUCCCCUCAGCAUCUCCGUCAGUCUUCUUAUGAGAUUCCUGAUGACGUGCCCCUGCCCCCAGGCUGGGAGAUGGCCAAGACCGCCUCCGGUCAGAGAUACUUUCUCAACCACAUCGAUCAAACCACGACUUGGCAGGACCCUCGCAAGGCCCUCCUUCAGAUGAACCAGCCUCCCCAGCCCAGUUCUGUACCAGUGCAGCAACAGAACAUCAUGAACCCAGCCAGUGGUCCUCUUCCUGACGGCUGGGAACAAGCUAUAACAUCAGAGGGAGAAAUUUACUACAUCAACCACAAGAACAAGACCACAUCUUGGCUGGACCCACGACUUGACCCACGCUUUGGCUUGAAUCAGCAGAGGAUCACCCAGAGUGCACCAGUGAAACAGGGAGGACCGCUGCCUCCUAGCAUCCACAGUGCAGUCAUGGGUGGCAACAACCAGAUGAGACUGCAGCAGAUUGAGAAGGAGAGGCUGAGACUGAAACAACAGGAGCUGCUUCGGCAGAGACCCCAGGAGCUCGCGCUAAGGAAUCAGCUGCCUACCAGUAUGGAUCAAGAUGGUAGUACGAACCCUGUGUCCUCCCCUAUGGCCCAGGAUGCCCGGACCAUGACCACCAACAGCUCUGACCCAUUCCUCAACAGCGGGACCUACCACUCCAGGGAUGAGAGCACAGACAGCGGCUUAAGUAUGAGCAGCUACAGCGUCCCUCGCACUCCAGAUGACUUCCUCAACAGCGUGGAUGAGAUGGACACAGGGGACCCGCUUCCAACCUCCAUGGCAACACAGCCCAGUUGUUUCCCUGACUACCUGGACGCCAUCCCGGGAACAGAUGUGGACCUGGGCACGCUGGAAGGUGAAAGCAUGGCGGUGGAGGGUGAAGAGCUGAUGCCCAGUCUGCAGGAGGCCCUGAGCUCUGACAUCCUCAAUGACAUGGAGUCUGUGCUGGCAGCUACCAAGAUUGACAAGGAGAGCUUCCUCACAUGGUUAUAGACGACCCGAGCAGGAUGCUCCGUACUCCUCUCUCUACACUCUGAACUGCUGCCUGCUCUGAUCUGUGAAGGAUUCAUAGAUGCUUUUACAAGACAUUUCAGCGAGCCUCUCUGGACUUCUGUCUCUGUCUCGGCGUGUAUGGCCAACCUCUUUUGAGGCAGUAUUGUUCUGUUCUUUUCACUGGUUUGUUUUCUCUUUAUUUUGUCUGUGUCUUCAAGGCUGGCCCAUGAACAGACAAUUACCCAAGGGUCCCCAAAUCUUUCACAAAUCUGUCAGUGAAUCUAGGGCAUCUUUACCUAGAGCCGGGGUCGCUCCUUCCCCUGGUCUCCCCUCAUAGCUGAGCUGGGCGGGUGCAUGUGCUCUUCCGCAACAACUGCCAUCAUCAGUUAUCGCUUGGAGUCUCUGGUGCCUCUUUUUCUUGCAAUAUAGCGUGACGAAGCACUACUUAAUUGUGUUUGGGACUAUUGCAUCUAGCUUAAGUAGCUUUAUAUUUGGCCUUUACGUUUUUACUCUUUGUUUGUUUUCGACGAGCCUGAGAAACCAAAAAUGAUGUAUUUGAAGCAUAAAGAACAAUACUGAUUUGGAGUAAAGGUAAUGUGAGGCCCAGUUUGGACAUGUUGGCUUUGCUGGGGGGA